AUGUCGACUCCCGCUGCCUCUCCGCGACAGCUGAGGAGCAACAGCACGGAAGCACCACCACCAUCAGCACAACAGCUAUUUAAUGGGAUUCGUCACACCAUCCUUACAGCUACGGGGUACCAGGAGCCCAUCUACGAGAAUGUCGAUCCGUCUGUUGGCUCUGAGGUUGCAUAUUCCUUAGACAGAGACCCCGAAGUGGAACGAGUCCGUCCGAGCAUUCAUUACAGCUCUGUGACCCGCAUCCUACGAGUCCACAUUAUGCCCACCGAGAUCCACGAAUGUCAUACAAGAUGGUUAACAAUGGAAUUCAAUCGCAUGCUCGUAUCAAAUUGGUUAACACUGGCGGAGUCUGAUGCCUUGGAAAUCUCAAAUGGCCUAACGUUCGAAAGCUGUCUCCAAGAACCAUACGCAGCGUCUUCGAAAACACCAGACUGGUACUGCCGAGUUGAUACCGCAAAUCUUCCACGAAUCGUGGUCGAAAGUGGCUGGAGUGAGCGUUGGCCUCAACUCAAUCAAGACAGUGACUUGUGGAUGAGAGGCGGUGCGCCAGAAGUGCAGCUCGUUCUCAUUUUCCACUGGCGAAAAUUACGUGGUGGCAGAGUGAGAGGAGAUCUUCAGGUAUGGGAUCGAGAUGCUCUUGGAAAUGCCAAUCUUCGACAAACAGAGCAAAUAUUUCCACUUCCUGCUGGAGGUGCAGCAUAA